AGGGGAGGCGAGAUAUCAGCGCGUAUACGAGGGUGUCACAUAACCAACCGCGACGAUUCCGCGAGGAAUGUUUAUAAAUACUCGAAUUUGACAUAUGUUAUAUGACGAGCGUGGAGUUCACCCGAGUUCACUCGCGAGAUCUAGUCGCUUGCCGACGCGCGAUUUCGUAGCUAUGUUAUUGGUGUAAUUGGAUCGAUCGUCUCUGGUGAAAUCGUACGCGAACGAGGAACGAUGACAACUGGCCAGAGUGGGCACGAUCAUUCUCUCGCUAUCAGGCAAGAAAUACAACGUUUCGAGAGUGUUCAUCCGUCGAUAUACGCCAUUUACGAUCUAAUCGAUCUGGUACCUGACGCGCACAUCGCCAAGCAAAUUCGCGAGCACGUCGUGGCAAUUGAAGAUUCUUUCGUCAACAGUCAUGAAUGGACACUGGCAAGGGAUGUUCCAGAGUUACACUUGGGAAUUAUUGGUUCCUCAGACUCUGGCAAAUCAGCCCUUGUUCACAGGUACCUCACAGGCUCCUUCAUGCACGAGGAGUCACCAGAAGGUGGUCGUUUUAAAAAAGAAGUCUUCAUCAAUGAUCAGAGUUAUCUUCUUUUAAUCAGGGACGAGGGUGGUGUGCCUGAAGCUCAGUUCUCUGCUUGGAUAGAUGCUCUAUUACUAGUAUUCAGUCUAGAAAAUGAGGAGAGUUUCUCAAUAGUUUGUGGUUUUUACAAUAGAAUGUGUUCUUUCCGAAAUAUGUCAGAGGUACCAAAAAUACUUGUAGGUGUACAAGACUCAAUUAACGACAGUAAUCCACGUGUCAUAAAAGACGUUAAGCCGCGGAAAUUGGCUUGUGACUUGAGAUGUCCUUACUACGAGACGUGCGCCAUUUACGGCUUAAAUGUCGAGAGAGUAUUUCAAGAUGUGUGUCAAAAAAUUAUACAGAAUUCAUCCACGAAACAUUUCUCGUGCGAUGUAUCUCAGCACAGCACGGAGAGCGAUAUUAAAUUUCCAGUGCCGGUUAUCACUAAAACCGCAUACAAUCUUCACAAUAAGGAGGUGGAAAGCACGAAUUCGUUGAAGGCGAACACCUCGGAGAAAGAUGAGGACUGCCGAUCCAUUCAUAACAGCUCAAUGCCGAACGACUCGGGACUGCUAAACGACAAUUUUCACAAUAUGCAGAACCAACAUGGAGAAUUGCGAACGUCGAUCUUGACUCCGACUACCAUUAGGAAGUUUCGAAGAAAAUCGAAUAUAUUCACACCUUCCAAAAAGGAAAAGUAUAUGGGCGAGAUGGGCGUUGGUAGAGAGAUACCGGUCAAGCAAGGCUACCUGUUCAAACGGAGCAGUAAAUCCCUGAAGGAAUGGAAAAAGAAAUACGUCACGUUGUUGGAAGACGGCCGUUUGACUUACCACUCGAGCUUGCACGAUUACAUGAACGACACCAACGGUAAAGAGAUACUCUUACAGUACGUCACGGUGAAGGUACCUGGCAAAACGCCGAAAGGCUCCAAGUCAUACAGCGCUCAAGACAGUUUCGAAUUUUCCAUUAUUUCCCUGGAGAACAAAACGUGGCAUUUUGAAGCGAACAGUGCCGAGGAUAGAGACAGCUGGAUCAGCGCGAUUGAACAACAGAUAUUGUCGAGUUUGCAAAAUAGCGAUGGGGACAAGAAGAAUGAGACCGACGCCUUCAAGAUGCAUUGCAUAAAGAACAAAGUUUCAGGAAAUGACGCGUGUGUUGACUGCGGUGCGCCGAAUCCCGAUUGGGCUAGUCUCAAUCUGGGCGUCCUGAUGUGCAUCGAAUGCUCUGGCAUCCAUAGGAACUUGGGUUCGCAUAUAUCCAAGGUUCGAUCUUUGGAUCUAGAUGACUGGUCCGCAGGUCACCUAAGCGUCAUGCUGGCUCUUGGCAACAACAUAGCCAAUAGCAUCUGGGAGUAUUGCUUGAACGGUAAACAGAAACCAGUCCCGGACUCGUCCAGGGAGGAGAAAGAGCAAUGGAUUAGAUGGAAGUAUGAGGACAAGCUCUUCUUACCGCCGAUCAACCCGAACGUUCCCCUGGGGAAGUUGCUCAUCGACUCGGUCUGUCGGGGAAACAUGAGAGUGUUUACGUUCUGCUUGACCCGGUGCAGCUACGAAGACAUUAAUAUGCCGGUCAACGAACCGGAAGAUCUGCGAACACCGUUACAUCUGGCUUGCGCGACCGGAAACUUGGCGAUGGCGCAGCUUUUAAUAUGGCACAAAGCGAACCCGCAGAAUCUCGAUCAUGAGGGACGCACGUGCAUGUCGUACGUGCGAGCUCUGGAGAAAACGCUGGAUAAUUCGUCCGACUCAAUGGAAAUGCAGAAGCUACUCGAGGUAUUGGAGCAAGCUAGUGUCUCCGGAAUGGAUGACGCGGACGCGUCUUAGUAUUAAAGGCGAUGAAGAGGAGAGUAAUGCCUUAUAAAUCAACUCUGCCUGCGUCUUUUCGCUAUUGAGAAUACUGGUGUACUUACGGUAUACGUAGAAAGCCAUGCUUCUCGUUUUUUUAGUGGCUCAUUAAGAGGAAGGAGAGAGAUUUUAUCGCUUUUAAGAGUGACAUUCGUUCGGAGGAGAGCAGCCAAAGUAUGUUGAAACGGGAGAUUGGAAUGCAGUAACGAUUUAUUCUCUAUAGUAACGUUAGCUGUAUGGAAAAAAAGAAUUAUAUAUAAGUGUAAAAAGUUUAUAACGCGCAUCGACAGUCGAAAUCAUUUUAAUAUUGAUUACACGAAAUUCAUUCCGAAUUGAAUGAGAAGUUUUUAAAUACGACACAUAUUUAAAAGUUAUAAUAAAUUUUAAAUAUAUAACAACACGUAAUUUUGUACAUUGAAAAUAAUUCUUAAAGACGGAAAACGGAAAAGAAAGUUAAAAAAAAAUAACUUCGCAAUAGAAUAUUUAUAAUAAAAAAUUUGUGUGUGUCAAUCACAGAGAAUGGACUAAUAGCAUGCUCGAGUGUAUAAUUGUCAAUGACUGAGAGUACAAACACUCAUAAAUGUAGUUUAUAUUUAUAUAUAUCUCUAAUACAUGUAAUGUAUUUGAGAAGGAUGCUCUUAUAAUUUUGAUUUUAUUAAUUAUCAAUUAAACCUUUCAUUACCUCGCACUACGCCCCGUUCAUUCGAAGCGCACCAAUUCUGAAGUUUCGUUUUGUUUCGCUUCAUGAAUACCACUUCAGCUCACGUAUCUCGUAGUUUUUUAAACCAUGUCGAAGACGACGUAGCACUUACACCGUGAACCAUCUCCUCUUGUGCAUUCGCAUCGUCUGCAAGCAAACACAUAAAUGGAAUGAACAAAACGAGUAGAGUCCAGAGUAGCGCAAUAAUGUCAUUUUACUCGCAAACAUAGAAAGCGAGAAGUUUCACAUGGAGUCUGUAAUUUGAACGAUUAUGCAACUUUUCGAACUACGAGGAUAUAAAACUUUUCACUUUUUCGCUCCUAGGGAAAUCAUAUGGCCACUAUUUUGAUUGUACAUAUAUCAUACAAAUACACAGACGCUUAAACGAUUUCUAUUA